AUGGACUGGUUCUCAUGGCUAUCGGAAAGCAGGCUCCACCCUUGCAAGGUCUACCAAUACGGGUUGGCCUUGUACAACAACGAGCUUGAAGAAGACGACAUUGCCUACUUCAACCACGACUUUCUCCAGAGCAUCGGCGUCUCCAUUGCCAAGCACCGCCUCGAGAUUCUCAAGCUCGCCGCCGCCGCAACACCCGUCCGCUCACCAGCUCGGCCGCCUCGUCCUAGUAAUAUUUCGAGGCUUGCUCUCGCAGUCCGGCGAGCUAGGCGCUGCCUUUCCAAGUGCUUUCUGGUCCUUGUACCCAGCCACGGCAGCGGCUCCAGGCGGAAGGGAGCUGCAUUGUUGAAGAAGAAGGGGCGGCUAUUGCUCCCCGGCGGUGGCUUUUCUGGUCCGCUGGUGGUUCGCCGACGCUGUAACGAUGGGGACAACGACGACGACGAUGACAAGACGAAUUCGUCCAACGGGGUUGAAGAGUUAUUUAGGUGGGAUGCCAUGUUUCAGGAUUUGAAGCCUACGUGAAGAUGG